CUGCCCGCUCGCCGUUAUGUCGCCAGUCAAGGUAGCCGCUGUCCAGAUCGCCUCAGUCGCAUACAACCUCGACAGCUCUCUCUCCAAGCUCGAGGACUACUGCAGCCAAGUGGCUGAGCAAGGCGCCAAGCUCGCAGUCUUCCCCGAGGCUUACCUGAGUGCCUACCCGCGCCACCUCGACUUCAAGAUUGGCGCACGGACCGACGAGAACCGCUCGUGGUACAGCCGCUACGUCUCGUCGUCCGUCAAAAUUCCGGACGGCGCAGAAGGCGUCGACUGGCUCGCGAGCGAUGAGGCGGCUGCAACUCGAGCCGGCACCGACUUUGACGCGUUCAAGCGUCUCCUGGUCGCCGCCAAGAGCAACAAGCUUAUCCUCUCGGUCGGCAUCAUCGAGCGUUCACUCCUCGGCGCAACGCUGUGGUGCACCAACGUCAUCAUCUCUGAGCAGGGCAUCCUCCUCGGCAAGCACCGCAAGCUCAUCCCGACUGCCGCCGAGCGCGUCGUUUGGGCGUCGAGCAGCGCGACCAAUCCUCCCGCCGCCCUCGACUCGACCGCGCCUGCGACCGACAACCUGCCCGUCGUCGCGACGUCGGUCGGCCGCGUCGGCGGCGUCAUCUGCUGGGAGCAUUUCAUGCCCCUCGCGCGUUACGCCCUGUACCGCAAGGGCGUCGAGCUGUGGGUCGCGCCGACGGCCGACGCGCGCCCGACCUGGGCGCCGGCGAUGCAGUUCAUCGCGCAGGAGGGCCGGUGCUUCGUCGUGAGCGCCAAUCAGUUCCAGCGCGCGAGCGACUUUCCCGAGGACUACCCUGCGCGAGUGGCUGCCGGCGAGAGCGAGGGGCGAGGAGCGGACGAGGUGUGGAGCAGGGGAGGGUCGUGCAUCGUGAGCCCGCUCGGCGAGAUUCUUGCAGGGCCGCUGUGGGACCGGGAGGGAGUCGUCUACGCCGACAUCGACCUGGACGACAUUCUCGGAUGCAAGCUCGACAUGGACAGCGCCGGCUCGGCCCACUACUCUCGCGACGACCUUUUCAGCUUCUCGGUGCGGACGUGACUCGUAGAGCGGGCGUGCAAUAGAGCUCGAGUUGCACUAG